AUGAAGGAGGAAAUUGCUGCCGCUGUGUUCUUUUUGGCUCGGCUGGUGAAGAGAUACGGAUGUCUGGACAAUGACAGCAGAGAGCGCUUUGCUGCUUCCCUCACCUCCCUUCUGUUUGAGAGCUACAAGAACCACUGGCACCCAAGUGCACCCGCCAGGGGUCAGGCAUACAGGUGUCUGCGUAUGAACAGCGUUCGCCUGCAGGACCCGGUGCUGGAGCAGGCCUGCGAGCGGAGCGGGGUGAGGUACGAGGACCUGGGCCUGCCCCAGGAGCUGACAGUGUGGGUCGACCCUGGAGAGGUGUCCUGCAGGUAUGGUGAACACAGCAGUCCAUUCUGCGUCUCAGUGGUGGACAACUGUCGGCGCGGCGAUGGGGAAUUGUCCCGCCGCAUCCAUGAAGCUGUGGAACGGGCGAGUCUCGAGGUCCCAUCAGGAAGCUCAUCAGACGAGGAUGAAGACGGAGGUGGAGACAACAGCAUGAGCACGAGUACCAGCAGCAGCAGCCUUUCAACCCUCUGCCCUCAAAUCCCACCCGUGAACAGUGAACCCAAAACCAUUCCGACUGUUAGCAACCCCAACAGUGUUUACAGGUUCAGCGAGUUCUCUCCAGGUGCCCCUCAGACCUGGCUGAGGGAGAAGCGGAAAGGCUUUCCAGGAGACAUGUUCCCACCUCACGGCGCUCCUGCUGGAGCCCACUUCUCAAGCCAGAAAAGCUUCAGAUCCUAUCGAGCCACGUUCACCUUCACUGGGCCUCGUGUUGACAAGUACCACUGGGUCAGCAAAUCGCGAUCCUAGCCUUAAAGCUACAAACCAGAAUCUGGUUCCUGCUGAUGUUGGAUUUAGGCCACAGACUUUGUACAUCUUUUAAAGGAUAAGCUUAUUUGUACCUGAUUUAAAGUAUUGCUGUUUAAGUAUGUUUUUAAAAUGUGAAAAUUAAUAUUUUAAAUAAUUCUUCACUCUAAUUGUCUUUUUUUUAAAUUAAAGUGUGAAUAAAGUAACAUUGAACUGUCAUUGAAAAGAAAUAAAUAGAUUCAUGCCAGCUCUACUGGCC